AUGGAGCCGCUCGGGGCGGCGGCGGCGACGGCGGGCGCGGGAGGCGGUGGCGAGGAAACGGGCGGGAGCCGGAGCCACAAGCGCAGCGCCGGGAACCGGGCCGCUCCCGAAGAGGAAUCGAAAAACAAACCUAAAUUGAACAUUCAAAUAAAAACUCUGGCAGAUGAUGUGCGUGACCGAAUUACAAGUUUCAGAAAGUCUACCGUCAAAAAAGAAAAACCUCUUAUUCAACAUCCUAUUGAUUCUCAAGUCGUAGUGAAUGAGUUGCCAGCAGCUCAGCCAUUAUAUGAUGACCGAUCUCAGCAUUUGUCAGAAAAGGAAGUACUGGAUCUCUUUGAAAAAAUGAUGGAGGACAUGAACCUUAAUGAAGAGAAAAAGGCUCCUUUACGAAGCAAAGACUUUACCACUAAGCGCGAGAUGGUUGUCCAGUACAUUUCUGCUACUGCCAAAUCUAUAGUUGGAAGUAAAGUCACGGGUGGCCUGAAGAACAGCAAACAUGAAUGCACCCUGUCUUCACAAGAGUAUGUUCAUGAACUGAGGUCUGGUAUUUCAGAUGAGAAACUUCUUAACUGCCUAGAAUCACUGAGAGUCUCUUUAACCAGUAAUCCUGUCAGUUGGGUUAACAACUUUGGCCAUGAAGGUCUUGGACUGUUACUGGAUGUGCUAGAAAAACUUCUUGACAAAAGACAGCAAGAAAAUAUUGAUAAGAAGAAUCAGUACAAACUUAUUCAGUGUCUCAAAGCAUUUAUGAAUAACAAAUAUGGACUGAAAAGGAUUCUAGGAGAGGAACGAAGUCUUUUCCUAUUGGCAAGAGCCAUUGACCCCAAACAACCCAGCAUGAUGACAGAAAUAGUAAAAAUCCUUUCUGCUAUUUGCAUUGUUGGGGAAGAUAACAUUCUAGAGAAACUUUUAGGGGCAAUAAGUACUGCAGCUGAAAGAAAUGACAGAGAACGAUUUUUACCAAUUGUGGAUGGAUUAGAAAAUCAUGAAGCCUUGCAAUUACAGGUGGCCUGCAUGCAGUUUAUAAAUGCACUUGUCACAUCUCCAUAUGACUUGGAUUUUAGAAUUCAUUUAAGAAAUGAAAUUCUCCGUGCUGGACUAAAAAUCCUCUUACCGGAUUUGAAAGACAAAGAAAAUGAAGAGCUAGAUAUUCAGUUGAGAGUGUUUGAAGAGAAUAAAGAAGAUGACCUAACUGAAUUAUCACACCGCCUCAAUGACAUUCGAAUAGAAAUGGAUGAUGUGAAUGAAGUUUACCAUCUUCUGUACAAUCUGGUGAAAGACACCAAUGCAGAAACCUACUUCUUAUCCAUUCUGCAGCAUUUUUUGCUCAUCAGAAAUGAUUAUUUUAUCAGGCCACAGUAUUUUAAAGUUAUUGAAGAGUGUGUUGCUCAGAUAGUGCUGCAUACCAGUGGCAUGGACCCAGACUUUAAGUACAGGCAGAGACUAGAUGUUGAUUUCACUCAUCUAAUAGAGGGUUGUGUGAACAAGGCCAAAGUUGAAGAAAGUGAACAAAAAGCAAUUGAAUAUUCCAAGAAGUUCGAUGAAGAAUUCACAGCUCGACAGGAAGCUCAAGCUGAGCUUCAAAAACGAGAGGAAAAAAUCAAAGAACUUGAAAGAGAAGUCCAGCAACUUCGAGCCCAGGGAGCUACAUCAGCAACUCCAGGUCUUGCUCCACCACCUCCAUUGCCUGGGACUGGACCAUGUCCUCCACCCCCACCACCCCCACCACCACCGCCACCACUACCUGGAGUAGGUCCUCCUCCUCCACCACCCCCUCCUUUACCUGGUAUGCCUGGUAUUCCUCCACCACCACCACCCCUUGGAGGAAUUCUUCCUCCCCCCGGGGCACCAAUUUCUCUACCUUUUGGAAUGAAGCAGAAGAAAAAGUAUAAUCCUGAAGUGUCCAUGAAGAGAAUAAAUUGGUCCAAGAUUGAGCCUCAAGACUUGUCUGAGAACUGUUUCUGGCUAAAAGUAAAAGAAGACAAGUUUGAGAAUCCAGAUCUCUUUGCAAAAUUGACCCUGACUUUUGGUACCCAUGUAAAAGCUCAAAACAAUGGAGAUGCUUGUGAAGACAAUAAGUGUGCACCUGCAAAGAAGAAAGUAAAGGAAUUAAGAGUUUUGGAUCCCAAAACCGCCCAGAAUCUGUCAAUCUUCCUGGGAUCUUACCGCCUCCCAUAUGAAGAUAUAAAGAACAUUAUUUUGGAGGUGAAUGAGGAGAUAUUGAGUGAACCCUUAAUUCAGAAUCUUGUGAAGCAUCUUCCUGAACAGAAGGUACUGAACGAAUUAGCUCAGCUGAAGAAUGAAUAUGAUGACCUCUGUGAGCCAGAGCAGUUUGGAGUGGUGAUAAGCACAGUGAAAAUGUUGCGUCCUCGCCUCAAUAGCAUUCUUUUCAAGCUUACCUUUGAAGAACACAUAAAUAACAUCAAACCCAGCAUCAUGGCAGUAACUCUUGCUUGUGAAGAACUGAAAAAAAGUGAAAGCUUUAACAGACUUUUAGAGUUAGUUCUUUUGGUUGGAAACUACAUGAACUCAGGCUCAAGAAAUGCCCAGUCUUUGGGUUUUAAGAUCAACUUCCUUUGCAAGAUCAGAGAUACAAAAUCAGCAGAUCAAAAAACCACCCUUUUGCAUUUUCUUGCUGAAAUCUGUGAAGAAAAACACCAAGAAAUCCUGAAAUUUCCUGAAGAACUGGAACAUGUAGAAAGUGCAAGCAAAGUUUCAGCACAAAUUCUCAAGAGCAACCUCACAACGAUGGAGCAGAAUAUUCUUCAUCUAGAGCGUGACAUCAAGAAUUUCCCUCACACCGAAAAUCCUCAUGAUAAAUUUGUGGAAAAGAUGAGAAGCUUUGCAAAAACUGCCAGAGAACAAUAUGAAAAAUUGGCCACCAUGCACAACAAUAUGGUGAAGCUCUAUGAAAACCUUGGAGAAUACUUCAUUUUUGAUCCCAACACUGUCACCAUAGAAGAGUUUUUCGGUGAUCUCAACAACUUCCGAAUUCUAUUUUUGGAAGCACUGAAAGAAAACAAUAAGCGAAAAGAAAUAGAAGAGAAGAGUAGGAGGGCAAAGCUUGCAAAAGAGAAAGCUGAACAAGAAAAGUUGGAGCGCCAGAAGAAGAAAAAGCAACUCAUUGAUAUAAACAAAGAGGGUGAUGAGACUGGCGUGAUGGAUAAUCUUCUAGAAGCCCUACAAUCAGGUGCAGCAUUCAGAGACCGCCGAAAGCGAAUUCCAAGGAAUCCAGAUCACAGACGUGCACCUUUGGAAAGGUCACGUUCUCGCCACAAUGGAGCAAUGUCGUCUAAAUGAUUCCUGAUGCCAAAGCACGUGAAAAUACUGAGUUAAAUAAAAUCGCACAUUGGGGGAAAAACAAAACAUACACUCAAGGGUUGGAGUAGAAGUCUGGAAACCAGUGCAUUUCUGCAGAGGGCCAAGCUAAGUUGAAUGAAGCAAUGUGCAUUUUUGUAAAACUACUGUAAGACUCCUCCCACAGUUACACAUAUCUGAACACAGAUGUCAGGAUGAUAAAAUGUUGCUUCCCCUGUAGUGUAAAGAUGUAUAUUAUUUGUCAUUGUGCGUGACCUGACUCUGAAGAUGAAAGUAUAAGAUAUUGAUGAGUUCUAAGGCUUUCAAAACAUUCCAUCUGUCAAAAAUUUUAAAUCUGAAAUUUCUAGGUCAUUCCCACCAAAACAAAAGGGACAAGAGUGAAAGGAACAGGCAGAAAUAUUUCACUGUCUGCUUCUAACCCUUAAUCUAUAUACAAUAACAGUCCAAGAAAAUAUACAUGUUAGUAAUUUGAAAGAUGCUAAUAUUGCACUCACUGUAAGAGAAGCCAUUUGUGGAAUUCAAAAAAGUACUGCUCCAUCCCAGUCAAGUUAUUUAGAAUCUGAUCUCAAGUGAAAGCUGAUGGAUUCAUCUACUUUGGAUGAAAUUAAACUUAUCAUUAGUCUAGUGUUUUGGCAUGAUAUUGCAGGCACUUAUCAUGGCUAAAAAUAAACCAAAGUUGAACAGAAUCAGCUAGAUUUAAAUUUUAUUUAAAGAAGUAUUUUCUAAUUAUGCAUAGAUAUCUACUUUAUAGAAAUUCUUUAUAUGGCUAUUUUUGAGAAAACCUUUACAUUUUAAUGUUUAUUCCAUAGAGGAGCCUGAAAAUUCUAUUGCCUUUAUUUAGAUUUUAAGGGAAAAUAUUGAUUCCUAUUCUGCUUAUUUCUUCAUUCUAUUAUUUCUUUCUCCCUUCACCCCCAUGGAGGCAGGGAAUAGAUUCUGAGAAGGCCUGAAAAGAAAGAUAUUUCUUUCUGCAGGAGGCAGGAGAAAAGUUUCUGAAAGGUCAAUUGUUUUAUGUCCCUUUCUACUCCCCUUUCCAAUUCUGCUUUGGUAGUUUGAAGAAUAAAAAGAAAUUUUUUGUAUGUGUGUAUGCAUGUAUGUAUGCAUGUAUGUGUGUGUGUGUACAUAUGUAUAUAUGUAUGCAUGUAUGUGUUUAGAUUACUUAAACAUUAAUUUCAUGUCCCAGCAACAAAGUGAGCUUCUCUGCCACCACUAUGAUUACUUACCUUAUAUUGUUAACACUGUUAAAUGAUGCUGCCAACAUCACUCUAUGAAGAGAAACAACAUGGACUUAUUUUUCAAAUAGAUGACAUUGGAAAA